CCAGUGGUUGUUUGCCUAUUUAGUUGGUCGGUUACUUUUUUGUGCUGAAAUAUCCAAAUAAAUUAUGAAACUAAGAAUAAAUAUAUUAGGAUAAACAAGUUUAAAAUAUAUUUCCAAAAUGACUCUGGAAGGGACUUAUAUAAAUAAAGGCUACUCCGAAGAUGGAGAUAUUAAACAGUCGUAUGAAAUGCAAGAAAGUAGAAACUCGUUUAGUAAUUCAAUCAAUACCAUACAAAUCGACCCCCCAGCUAAACCGACACAGAACCACGAGCAAACGGAUGCGGAAGAGACCCCUGAGGGACGCCAAACAUGGGGAAACAGUGUGGAGUUUCUCAUGUCGUGUAUUGCUAUGAACGUUGGUCUUGGUAAUAUCUGGCGGUUCCCGUUUGUGGCGUACGAAAAUGGCGGAGGCGCCUUUUUGAUACCAUACAUUAUGGUACUACUGGUACUGGGAAGACCGAUGUACUACUUGGAGAUGUGUUUGGGGCAGUUUUCCAGCAGGGGGAAUGUUAAGAUGUUCGAGAGCUUGGCACCGAUAUUGAAAGGUGUGGGUUAUGGUCAACUUAUAGGUACCAUUUGCGUGGCAACAUACUAUUGUUCUCUCAUGGGCAUAAGUCUGUUUUAUCUUGUUAACUCCUUCACAUCUGAUCUACCAUGGUCUGAAUGUAACCCAGCAUGGAACCAUAGCACUGGUGGAUAUCUAGGUACUUACCAAUGCGUCCCAUCGAAUCAAGAUUCCAGUGUUACAGGAAAUCUGACGAUGAGUUCUGCAGAGCUUUACUUUAGAAUAGACGUUUUAAAGGAAACCACAACAAUCACAGAAGGUAUAGGUGUUCCCGAUUGGCAGCUUACAUUAUGCUUACUGGGCGCUUGGAUGUUAACUUUAGGGGUAUCCGCUAAAGGCAUUCAAUCUUCCGGAAAGGCGUCCUACUUUUUGGCUAUAUUCCCAUUUGUUAUACUUUUUGCUCUGCUAAUAAGAGCUGUAACUCUGGAAGGAGCCGGGGAGGGUAUUUUGUAUUUUAUCACUCCACAAUGGGAUAAAUUAAAAGAUGCCAAUGUUUGGUAUAAUGCUGUUACCCAAUGUUUUUUCUCAUUGAACAUAGGUUUUGGAAGCGUUACAAUGUACUCAUCCUACAAUUCUUUCAGACACAAUGUCUUUAGAGAUGCUAUGGUUGUUACCACUCUGGAUACUUGCACGUCAUUGCUAGCUGGAACCAUCAUUUUUGGUAUUUUGGGAAAUUUGGCAUUUAAAAUGAACCUCCACGUGAAGGAUGUUAUCAAAUCAGGAGGUACAGGCCUAGCUUUCAUCUCAUAUCCCGAAGCUAUCGCUAGGUUUGACGCGGUACCAUGGUUGUUUGCAAUUUUAUUCUUCGGCAUGCUCCUCAUUCUUGGUAUUGGAAGUUUGGUGGCAAUGCAAGGGUGUUUUUUUACUGUUAUCAUGGACUCUUAUCCACACUUAAAAAUCUGGCAUGUUUCUUCAGCAACUGCUGUGUUUGGGUUUUUGAUUGGAUUGUUUUACGUCACUCCAGGAGGUCAAUAUAUUUUUACAAUGGUAGACUUCUUUGGAGGUACCUUUAUUUUCUACGUCUUAACUAUCAUUGAGGUGGUUUCAGUCAUAUGGUGGUAUGGUCUCAACAACAUUUGCUUGGAUAUUGAGUUUAUGUUAAAAAGAAGACCAGGACCGUACUGGAGAAUCUGUUGGGCCAUCGUUAUACCAGUUGCUUUAAUUUUUGUUUUUGUAUACUUUUUGGUUACCUUGGAAGAGUUAAAAUAUGAGGAAAAGUCCUAUCCACAUUACAUAAUAGUUUGGGGCUGGGUACUUUUGGGAUUUGGCAUUCUACAGCCUGUUGUAUGGAUGAUUAUUGAAUUCAUCAAAAAUAAAAAGACAAAAUCUUGUUCAGAAUCUGUGAAGGAGCUCAUAGAACACAAAGGAUGGGGUCCUAAGGACCUUACGAAAUUUCGGGAGUGGCAGGAUUUCAAACUUAAAAAAGCCCAGGAUCUAAGACUUAAAAAUAGAGGCUGGCUUAAAUCAAAGAUAUGCAUUUUAUUGGACAGAUAAUGAUCAUCAAAGAUAGUUUAAUAUUUUAACUUAAUUAUAAAUUUUGUUUGUAUGUAUGUAUGUGUGUAAUAAUAAAUUAUUUAUUGUGUAAUAAAACAACAAAUGAUAUUUUUGUUAAAGAAAACAGUUUGUGUACAUAUUGCAAUGAUUGUAAGUUAAUUCAAAAAAUAUUUAUUUAUAAAUUAAACAGCAUUAACUAUACACGUUGUAAUGUUAUGUUAGCUGCAAAGUGAUAAAAUGUAUACCUAUAAUAAAAUAAUAAAAC